AUGUCAGUCAGACAAUUCAAAGAGCACAUGAUUUUUGACUUUGACAGCAUCAAAGCUCAAUGCCAACCGCCGCCCACAUCGCCCGAAAUCUUCGCUAGCAAGGAGAAGUUCGCUGGCGCUGCAUCAAAAAGACCAAGACUCCAUCACAGCCAGAAGACCGUCACGGGCCCCAUAAAAGACCUUUGCCUUCCACGCUUGCAUAGUCUCGACAAUAUCACAUCAGCCCUGAUUAUUCGACACGAGUCCCCGUGGGACACCUAUCAGCAAGCCAUCUCAUAUGACAUCGCAGGAGAGGUGAUAAUUGCCUCUCGUCGCACCCGCCCAUCUCGUGUGGUGGCCAUUAGAAAAUACCGGAGACAAGAUGCCCGGAGCCUGAUUGAUAGAUUCGGGCGUUUAGAGCAUGUCAAUGUUCUUUCAUUUCAUGAAUGUUAUAUUGAUAGGGAUUUCGCGUUCUUCUUAGUCGCUGAUCUACCGCUGACUCUCGCGCAUGUCGUUGCUUGCUCGGAUCUGUAUCCUAGUGAGAUUGAACUGGGGUCGAUCUUGUGCCAGAUCCUCGACGGUAUGUGCUAUUUAGCUGCCUUAAGUCUUGUGCAUCAGGCUUUGGUUUGCUCUCAUAUUCUACUCGGCCUUGACGGGAUCAUUAAAAUCGCGGGCCCGGAACAUUGCGUGGACUGCAUGAAAAGCCAGUCGGAAGCCGCAUGCGUCGCCUCCAUACCGUCAAUCACAAUGCAGCUCAUGCAAAAGUACGAGAAAGAUGGGGCUAUUGGUGUAGACGACCUGGAGCGCUGGCCAAUUGAGUCCGAUGCCGUAGACUUUUUGUCCGCUUCUGGGGCGACAGCAUCGAUGGAGGUUUUAAAAAUGCAUCCGUUAACAGCCAGACGCCACCCGGCUGCUGAUCUCCUGUUAUUUGCAAGGGCUUCCUUACUUAUGACACGAGUAAAUUGCACAUACCAUCGUGGAGUGAAGUCUUUCUAUAACACGGUGGAUAUUCAACCUUCGGGCUAG